UCCCAUCAGUUUCCAUAUCCUUCUUUCGAAAUAUCGUUCGACGAUCGACAGUCAUCACCGAGGGUCAUUGGAACUGGCAGCAUACGGUUUGUGGUUUAAGUAAGGAAAUUGUGUCCAGCAUCUGUGUAAUACAACAGUAGAAUGAAGUGUCAUUACGAAGUAUUAGGAGUCCCAAGAAAUGCCUCCGACAGCGACAUAAAAAAAGCAUAUAGGAAAUUGGCAUUGAAAUGGCAUCCAGAUAAGAAUCUUGAGAAUCCAGAUGAAGCUAAGGAACAGUUUCAGCUUGUCCAGCAAGCAUGGGACAUACUGAGCGAUUCUCAAGAGCGUGCUUGGUAUGAUAAUCAUCGGGAAGCCAUCCUGAAGGGUGGCAUCGGAGAAGACUAUAAAGAUGACUCUAUAAAUCUUUUCCCAUUCUUUUCUACCUCAUGUUUCAAAGGUUAUGGAGAUGACAAAAAAGGUUUCUAUACCGUCUAUAGAAACGUUUUCGAGAAAUUGGCAGCAGAGGAUGCCGAGUUUGCCAAAGAUAGCGACUCUGAUGAGGAAAUUCCUGGCUUUGGCGAUUCUCAGAGUUCCUAUGAGGAUGUGGUGAGCAAUUUCUAUGCUUACUGGCAGAGUUAUACUACUAAGAAGUCCUAUGUUUGGCUAGAACCGCAUAAUAUACGUGAGAUACGGAAUCGGCGCAUUCUCAGACUUGCAGAGAAGGAAAACAAGAAAGUUCGUGACAAAGCAAGACGUGAGAGAAACGAGGAAGUACGAAAUUUGGUUGCUUUCGUCCGUAAACGCGAUAAGCGAGUACAGGCUUAUGUGGAGAAGCUGACCGAACGUAAGCGCGAGAAUUUUUACAAGGCAGAGGAAUAUAGGAAGAAACAACUAAUGGAGAGGCAGAUUCUGUUACAGCAACAAGCCGCAACUCAAUCUGAAUGGUCCAAAUUCUCGGACAUGGAGACAGAGCUAAAAAAUAUCGAGGCAAAUUUGACGGAAGAAUUCGGGGCAGACGAUAAGAAAGUGACAAACAGAAACAGCGAUCCGAAUGGAUUUUUCUGCUGUAUCUGCAAUAAAAUCUUUCAGACAUACAAAGCCUUCGUGAAUCACGAAAAUUCUAAGAAGCACCUCCAGAAUGAAAAGCUUAGCGCGCUUCAUUAUUUCUUUGGAAAGGAGAAUGAGGACCUCGGCGAUAACUCUCGGGAAAGCAACUCAAGCACGGAAGAAGAAUCAACUUCAUUAAAGAAAUUCAAAUUGGCAACAGAUUCGCAGAUGCCUGAUUUCUUGCUAAACCCUCAAAACAAUUCAAAACAAGACGAGGAUAACGAUGAUACCUCUCCUGCCGAACUAAUGUCGGACAAUGAAGACGAUUCAGAACAUUUUCAAUUGACAAAAGAAAAAAAGAUAGAUAGUCAAGGGGAUGUUCCGUUAAUUGCGGGGCCAGAAAUGGGCGAAAGUAUCUUGAUUUCACCAAAAAUAGCAAAUGAAGAAGAAAACAUAACUUCGGAAGACGAAUUAAUAUCUGAUCAGGAAGAAAACAUCGCAUCAUCGAGCCGUCAAAAAAAAAAGAAGAAGAAACGUAAUAUUCAAAAUCCCGUUGAAUUAGCUAGUGACGAUGAUACGGAGAGUAUUAACGAGGAACUGUGGCUGUCGAAGAAACAACGAAAAAAGUUACAGCAGAAAAAGAUAGAAAUAAAAAAACAAAUGCAAAAAGCAGAGACGCACGAAGAAAGGGAACUAACAGAAAGUGAAAGCACAGCAACGGAAGAAGUAGAAGUUGUUAAUGAAAGACUGAAAAUCGACAAAGUGAAAAAAGAUUCUAAGAAAGAAGAGCGGGAGAGCAAGAAUAAAAGUAAAAGAGAUUCAAUCGCGGACGUCGAAGACUUGGCACAUCGCUGUGUUUCUUGCUCAGCUGAAUUUCCUAGCAAAAACAAAUUAUUUGAACAUUUGAAGAAAUCUGGACACUCUGUAUAUAUACCGGAAUUAACAAAAGCUAAAAAGAAUCAAGAAAAAAAGAAAAAAGCGACAUCCAAAGAAAAAGACACAGAUAAAAAAAAGCGUUGAAUAAGACUUAUUACUAGAAUUGCAGAUCUUUUUUUAUGUAUGAUAAGUACGAUAAGCGUCCAUAAGUGUCGGUCC